UCCAAACAGGAGGACUUUCUAUGUUUUGGAGUCAACCGUUGCGGUGUUGAAUUCUUCAAGUCUACUCCACUUGUAUUUCAUUAAGGUGUUUCUGUUGAUGUGGCUUUUCCUAGAAGUUGAACAGUUCCAGGAUCACAUUCUUGACUGACGAGCAAAUCUGGAUAUUUGCAGGAAACUGAGCUGCCUUUGUUAGAUCCAGAACAAUGGCAGCUACCACCCCAGAUGCCAAGGUGAUCCAGAAUCCAGAGAAGGCUGACAGUAAGGACACUUAUGAAGUUUCAGCUGAGUCUGCAACUGUGGCAGCAGUCAAAGUCAGACCCUCAGACCUGGGGCUGAUUAGAAGCUUGUCCAAGUCGGACUCUGACUUGUUGGCGUCACCGCCCGGGGAGGAGGAUGGAGGAGGUCUGGCCGGCCGCUGUGGGUCCGUGUCUAACUGCAGCUCUGGGCAGCCGUCCAUGGAGCGCAUGCCUUCUUUUGCCUCGGAGUGGGAUGAGAUUGAGAAGAUAAUGAACUUGAUUGGAGCCGGCAUUGAAACGUCCAAAAAGAAAAGGCCCACACCAAGCUCAGAUGGGGCCUGUGGUAAAGCCCUGGACCAGUCGGUUGGAGAGUGGCUGGAGCACGUGGGGCUGCCGCAGUACGAGAGCAAGUUCCUGCUCAAUGGCUUCGACGACCUACGAUUCAUGGGAAGUAACGUGAUGGAGGACCAGGAUCUCAGAGACAUGGGGAUCACUGACCCAGGACACAGAAAGAAAAUCCUUCAUGCGGCACGCAGCUUGCCCAAGGUAAAAGCACUGGGCUGUGAUGGCAGCACAUCUCUCGCCUCCUGGCUGGACGGCCUCGGCCUGCAUGAAUAUCUGCCCAACUUUCUCUCAAGUGGCUACCGCACACUGGAGUGCGUGAAGAACCUGUGGGAGCUAGAGAUUGUCAAUGUUAUUAAAGUUGGUCCCCUGGGCCACAGGAAGAGGAUCAUUGCUUCUUUAGCAGAGAGACCGUAUGAAGAGGCACCAUCCAAGUCCCGCCUGUCUCCAAUCAUGUUCCAUGACCUCCUGUCGCAGACCACAUCCCCCCUCAGUCAGAUGGACCCCUACACCAGUCGCUCCAUGGAUAUGCUCCUGCCCUUGACAGAGUCGGACCGGAGGCGGAGGGGAGUCGACCAAGACUGUAGUGUUUCUCUGCGUUCAUACUGCGAGAGGCCGCGCUCUGUAGACAGACACAGCGAGCGACAAAAAGACUCUCGCAUAAACCUCCGGCCGCCGAGCCACUCUGCUACCUACGCCACCGUGUCCGCUUGGCAUCACCAGCCUGAGAAACUCAUUCUGGACUCCUGCGGAUACGAGGCAACUUACCUAGGAUCAAUGAUUAUCAGGGAUCUACGAGGGAUUGAGUCCACACAAGAUGCCUGUGCUAAAAUUAGGAAAUCAAAGGAUUCCAGAAAGGGUCCAGUAGUCAUACUGUCUAUUACCUAUAGAGGGGUCAAGUUCAUCGAUGCAGCCACGAAGACUAUAGUCGCGGAGCACGAGAUCAGGAACAUCUCGUGUGCCGCUCAGGACCCUGAUGACCUCUGCACUUUUGCUUAUAUUACCAAGGAUCUGAAGAGUGGCCACCACUUCUGUCACGUCUUCAGCACUGUGGAAGUGACACAAACCUAUGAGAUCAUCCUCACACUGGGACAGGCAUUUGAAGUGGCCUAUCAGAUGGCUGUCCAGACCAGGGCGAGACAGUACGUCCCGCCUACAUCUCUGACCUCGGAGGUCGUGGAGACCAAAGCCAGCCGUCCUGUAUCGCAGUCGUGGAAUAGUAUGCGGAGAUCAGCAGGUGCCCCUCAACUCGAAUGCCGCUGCUGUCACUGUCACACGUGUACUACCCACCGUCCUUCCUUCCUCCCGUUGCACUCUGUUAGCCCUGGAGUCCAGAUCGACCCCCUGGAGAUGGACCCAGACAUGCAGUCCCUGGGCAGCACCACCUGGCUCUUGGACCACCGGGACUCCAACAGGCGCCCCGUCAGCACCAAGUAUGAGACCACCAUAUUCUGAGGCGGGAUCCCCACAGCUGCCCCUCUGCACCCCCUCGUACUCCCCCUCUCUACCCCCUGCAUCCGGUUCUUGGUUUAUCUCACACACAGACACACAGACACAUAAAAACAUGCAAGCCCCGUGCCUUCUCACUGUGAUGGUAUAGCAUCCCUCAGGGCUGCCCACUCCUGCACCCUCCUUUGCCCUGCCCAGCGACCCACACAAACCUCUCCACCCGCCAUAACAAACACUCCUGCGGCUCCCCCGUGCCUCCCCACCACCCCUGGCAGCCUCCCUCGCCUGUUGCUGCUACAGCCCAUGCUGGAGCCCUGGACCGGAUGAUCCUGGACUGAUGUCAUUUUACAGUGGCCCUGCUCUCUCAACCAAACUGCCUCUUCCUCCUCAUCCUCCUCCUCCUGACAACUUGCAUCUGCCUCCAAAUCCCAGAUAGCUCCCAGAGGUUGCAUCUUUAUUAUUCUUUACUUUUUUUAGGCCUGUUCUUCACUGGCAAAACAAGCAUGCUCAUUUUUAUUUUGCUCUGUAUCUAGACGCUAAAUUGGCUUUCAGUCACAACAAGUUUAAUUUCUGGGAGGGUUAAGUUUGCAUUAUUGGUAAACUGAGAAGUUGGCGAAGUAUCAAAGGUUUUAUAGUUUGUUAAACUGUUAAAAGAAAAAGUUCAACAUAUUUGGAAAGAUGCUUUUUCAUCAUCUUGAUGAGAGUGAGAAUGUGUUUUACCAGCCUCUCGUCUCUACUGCAAGUUUUAUUUGGAUCCACGCAGAAAGAAAUUAAAACUGUUGGAGGUUUAAUCGUGAGCUCAUUUCUGUUUAUGAAGCUAUCACCAGUAGUUUGCUAAUUCAGCCGAGCAUAAAGAUUGAAUACAAGGUGAACAGCUGGCCCAGCUAUCACAAAGGCAUUAAAACGCAGGCACCUACGUCUUUCUAACAACGCAGUAAAUCACCUGAGCUAAUUGGCUGUAAUUUGAGAAAUGAGUGUUUGAGAGAGGCUCUAUGCUGGUCCUGCUCAUGAUUUCUACCACCCUGAUAGCUUCUACAUGAUCCUCCUCCUUCCAGAUUAUUUUUAAAAUAUUGAUCCUCGACAGAAAAAGAAGCAUGAAGAUUUUUAUUUAGGACUCCAAACUGGUUUGACGUAACUCCCUGGCGUUUAUGAGUAGCGGUCCAGCACUUCACCUUCAGAUUAUGCAUGUUUAUUAGUGAACCAUAGAGGAAUCCUGGUGGGUUGAUUUUUGUAGCUUCAUGAAUUCAAGGCUUACUGUCUCCCCGUUUUCAGUCUUUGUGCUAAGCGACACUACCAGUCAAAAGUUUGGAAAGACCUUCUCAUUCAAGGUUUUGUAUUUGUUUUGAUUAUUUGAAACACUGUAGAUUAAUACCAAAGACAUCAAAACUAUGAAAAAACAUAUGUGGUGUAGAGGCCUAGCCAAAGCUUUAAACCACUGAGGCUCUGCACCUGGAUUACCUGAUUGACGCGCUGUGAAUUACCAUGCUUCAUGAAUGAAAGUUCAAGUCAUAUUUGCAAGUUGAACUCUUGGUCCGUUUAUUUCCAUGAUAUGAGCUCCAAAGAGUCCAAUACAUGACAUUUCACAGACGAACAUCCACACAUAACUCCCGCAGCACCAUGCUGCUUCAACGGUCAAAAAACGUUUCACCUUUCCGUGUGGAACACCUGACCACACAACAAAGGUUCCUACCUUAAAUAGGAAAUGACCGCCAAUAACCCUGUACGACCUUAAAUACGGACAUAGGUCACAUAUUCAAAUCUGCCUUUACAUAUGGAAUUAUCUAAUGAACAAAAAAGUGUUAAACAAACCAUUAUGUUAUAUUUUAGAUUCUGUAAAGUAGCCCCCUUUUUCCUUCAUGACAGCU